CGAGUGCGGUUAGAUUUUUAUUCGUGUCAAAUAUUACAUAUACAUUCAUAUGUAUUUACUGUUGAUUGAAUAAUGCACAAAUCCAGUUGUAAACGGUUAUAUUCUAUUUUCAUAAUAUUGAAAAUACUAUCAUUUACAAGUAUUGCCACUGGUCAAACGAACCAAAAUAUUAAUGUUUUUUUUGUAAACGAUGCUGACAACGAGCCAGCAGCAAAAGCUGUCACAGUAGUAACAACAUACCUCAAGAAGAAUCCCAGUUAUGGUAUCUCGAUACAAAUUGACCAAGUUGAGACAAAUAAAACCGACGCUAAAUCAUUAUUGGAGUCAAUUUGUUCAAAGUACGCGGAGAGUAUUGAUCGUAAACAGCCGCCUCAUAUCGUAUUCGAUACUACAAAAUCGGGAAUAGCCUCGGAGACAGUUAAGUCGUUCGCACAAGCACUGGGUUUACCUACCGUCAGUGCUUCAUAUGGGCAGGAAGGUGAUUUGAGGCAAUGGCGCGACUUGGAUGAGAGUAAACAAAAAUAUUUGCUGCAGGUAAUGCCUCCGGCCGACCUAAUACCGGAAGUUGUUCGGAGCAUUGUUCGAAAGAUGAAUAUAACAAAUGCAGCUAUAUUGUAUGAUGACACAUUCGUCAUGGAUCAUAAAUACAAAUCCUUAUUGCAAAAUAUACAAACCCGUCAUGUAAUUACGGGCAUUGCUAAGGAGGGAAAGCGAGAACGCGAGGAACAAAUCGAGAAAUUACGAAAUUUGGAUAUAAAUAAUUUUUUCAUAUUGGGGAAUCUAAUGUCCAUACGCAUGGUUUUAGAAUCCGUUAAGCCGUCCUAUUUCGAACGCAACUUCGCCUGGCACGCAAUCACCCAGAGUGAGGGUGAAGUGAGUAGUCAACGGGACAAUGCAACUAUCAUGUUCCUGAAACCAAUGUCGUACGCUCAGAAUCGUGAUCGUUUUGGACGUCUAAAGACUACUUUCAAUCUCAAUGAAGAACCGCAAAUAAUGUCAGCCUUUUACUUUGAUUUGGCGCUUCGCACAUUCUUGGCUAUUAAGGAUAUGCUACAAUCAGGAGCUUGGCCAAAAAAUAUGGAGUACUUAGGUUGUGACGAAUUUCAAGGUGGAAAUACGCCAGAAAGAAAUAUUGACCUUAAGGCAGCGUUUACUAUGAUUCAAGAACCGACUUCUUAUGGUAUGUUCGAGUUAGUAACACAACCAGGGAAACCAUUUAAUGGUUAUAGUUACAUGAAGUUUGAAAUGGACAUUAAUGUACUUCAAAUCCGAGGAGGCAAUUCCGUCAACACCAAAUCGAUUGGCACAUGGACAGCAGGACUGGAUUCGCCGUUAGUUGUUAAAGACGAGGAAUUAAUGAAAAAUCUAACCGCCGAUACCGUCUACCGCAUCUUUACAGUGGUGCAAGCUCCAUUUAUUAUCAAAGAUGAGACAGCUCCAAAGGGUUACAAGGGCUACUGUAUAGAUUUAAUAAACGAGAUCGCUGAUAUUGUACAUUUUGACUACACCAUCCAGGAGGUUGAAGACGGAAAAUUUGGCAAUAUGGAUGAGAAGGGAGAAUGGAAUGGAAUUGUGAAAAAAUUGAUGGAUAAACAAGCGGAUAUUGGAUUGGGCUCUAUGCAUGUAAUGGCUGAGCGUGAAAUAGUUAUUGAUUUUACGGUACCCUACUACGAUUUGGUAGGCAUUACCAUCAUGAUGCAGAGGCCACAAGUCCCAAGUUCCUUAUUCAAGUUCCUGACGGUGCUUGAGACGAACGUUUGGCUAUGUAUUUUGGCUGCUUACUUCUUCACUAGUUUUUUAAUGUGGAUCUUCGACCGAUGGAGUCCUUACAGUUAUCAGAACAAUCGUGAAAAAUAUAAAGAUGAUGACGAGAAACGAGAAUUUAACCUAAAGGAAUGUCUUUGGUUUUGCAUGACAUCACUGACACCACAAGGAGGCGGCGAGGCGCCGAAAAACCUUUCUGGCCGUUUAGUGGCAGCAACAUGGUGGCUUUUCGGCUUCAUUAUAAUCGCUUCUUACACGGCUAACUUGGCUGCUUUUUUGACUGUAUCACGUCUCGACACACCUGUGGAGUCUCUGGAUGACCUUGCCAAGCAAUACAAAAUUUUAUAUGCACCGAUAAACGGUUCUUCAGCAAUGACAUAUUUUCAGCGCAUGGCAAAUAUUGAGCAACGUUUCUAUGAAAUAUGGAAAGACUUAUCUUUGAACGAUUCACUUUCACCACUGGAGCGCUCGAAGCUUGCAGUCUGGGAUUACCCAGUUAGCGAUAAAUAUACCAAAAUGUGGCAAGCUAUGCAAGAAGCACAAUUGCCAGCAACCCUGGAAGAGGCGGUAGAACGAGUUCGAAGUUCUACAUCAGCUACGGGUUUCGCCUUUCUCGGUGAUGCUACAGAUAUUCGAUAUCUGGUUAUGACAAAUUGCGAUCUCCAAAUUGUGGGCGAAGAGUUUUCACGCAAACCUUAUGCCAUCGCAGUUCAACAAGGUUCCCAUCUAAAGGACCAAUUCAACAAUGCAAUUUUAACUCUACUCAACAAGCGACAGCUGGAAAAACUAAAGGAAAAAUGGUGGAAAAACGAUGAAACCCAAGCUAAAUGUGAUAAGCCUGAGGAUCAGUCCGACGGUAUAUCUAUACAUAAUAUUGGCGGCGUUUUUAUAGUUAUCUUUGUCGGAAUCGGAAUGGCCUGCAUUACACUUGUGUUUGAAUACUGGUGGUACAAGUACCGUAAGAACCCACGUAUUGUUGAUGUAAUUGAAGCGAAUUCGGGUGGAAAAGAUGGAAAGGGUGGCGAUGGAGUAAUUCUCGGGCAAACCGGAAAAGAGUAUGAUAAAAGUGGAAAUACUGUACUUCGGCCUCGCUUCCAGCAGUAUCCAGCGACAUUUAAACCUCGUUUUUAAAUGCCGUAAACCCUCUCACUGGGUCUGUGGGAAGUGAUAACCCGCAAUUAGUUCUUACAAGUGUUAUAAAUACAUACAUAUGUACAUAUGUAUGUAAUUUGCUUUUCAAACAAAACUUUGCACGCACAAUCUUUUUAUAAAUCUCGAUGGUGUUUUAAAUGGCAUACACAAGAGCAUACACGCAAACGAAAAUGUAAUAAAAAUCGUAAAUAAAUGUUUCAAUCUGAAGAAACUGUAGUUUACCUA